AUGACCAAACCACGGUUGAUCAUCUUGGUUCGCCACGGUCAAUCCGAAGGCAACAAGAACCGCGAAAUCCAUCAGACCGUCCCCGACCACAGAGUCAAACUUACACCAGAAGGCUGGAACCAAGCUCACGAUGCCGGACGCCGACUCCGAAGCCUUCUCCGACCUGACGAUACCCUCCAGUUCUUCACCUCGCCAUACCGUCGAACACGAGAGACCACAGAAGGAAUCUUGGAGACCCUAACCUCUGACGACACCUCUCCGUCACCCUUCCGCCGAAAUAACAUCAAGGUGUACGAAGAGCCCCGACUACGUGAGCAGGACUUUGGCAAUUUCCAGCCAUGCAGUGCCGAGAUGGAACGCAUGUGGCAGGAGAGAGCCGACUACGGCCACUUCUUCUACCGUAUUCCUAAUGGCGAGAGUGCUGCCGACGCUUAUGACCGUGUUAGCGGUUUCAAUGAAAGCUUGUGGCGUCAAUUCGGUGAAGACGAUUUCCCUAGUGUUUGCGUUCUAGUCACUCACGGUCUUAUGUCUCGUGUCUUCCUCAUGAAAUGGUAUCACUUUACUGUUGAAUAUUUUGAAGACCUCCGUAACAUCAACCACUGCGAGUUUCUCAUCAUGCGCAAACAGGAAAACCAAAAGUACCUUCUCGAGAACAAAUUACGAACUUGGUCCGACUUACGACGAGAGCGAAAGGACAAGAAAGACAAAGAUGACGAUAAGGAUUGCUCAAAGCUGCCACGUACUAAGACUUUUGUGGUGACACGUCGAUGGGGUGGAUGUCCUAAUGGCUGUGACCAUGGCCGUGGCUAUGCCAAGCGUGAGGAUCUAGAGGUUAUGCGCAAGAAGGAUCAUGAGAAUGGUGGUCCAGAACCUUAUGGCGAAUCCUCCUGCGCCGAGGAGAUCAUCACAACGAUCGUCAGUCGGAAGCAAAAGACUCGAAGCGACCGCGUCGAAAGCAAGGGUGAGAGUGACACCCCUGUUAUCCCCGAUGAUGAUGAUGAUGAUGGUCCGGUUGAAAUCGACAUCUCCUCAAACCAUGAAGGAAAAUCUGUUUCUGACAUCAACGACACUCCUUCAGUCAUCUCUUCCAGCGAAUACAUCCAGUCUCCUUACCUGCACAUUGGCCGCGAUGGGGGCGGUAGCUACUCGGGCCACACCUCCGCUGCCGAAACCGACAACGACUCGUCAGAGGAUGAGAACAUCAGCUUACACCGAAUCGCCUCUCUAAAUGCUCACCAAAACAAGAAGACGGACGAUCAAAACGACAAGCCCACACGCGACCAUCAGAAGCCUCUCCUCAAAGCCGGCCCUGAGCAUUUAACCUAUACGAGUGAUAAGGACUGCACGGAAGAUUAUCCUCGAAUCAGCCGCCUUGGCGAUACCUCUACUGAUGCUUCUUGUGACGGCGACGCUGAUCAUCUUGACGAUUUGGACCACGCCGAAAAGGAAGAUCGCAGCAUCCGUGGCAGUGUGUACUGA